ACGCGUCUAUACGGGUGUGCAUGCGUGUGCGCGCGUGCAGGCACGUGUGUCCCUGCUACCCCGGCCCUGCACCUGGGGCGGGGCGCGGGGCGCGGGGCGGGCUGGUCCAGGGAGCCCCCCAACUCCCCCUCCCGCUCUUCUCCCCAGCCUCUGGCUGCUUGCCCGCCUCCAGCACCGAAGAAUGUCUCCAAGUGUUGAGAGCCGGUUACCAUGGGAACCAGCAGCCGUUCGAGUUAAUCAUUUCCUGUGGAAAGUGUAAGGCGGUGGGGAGGGGGGGGGGAGGUCAGAUUCGACAGUGUGACAUUCCUGCUUCAUACCGGGCGGCCUGGCGGGCGCGGGGAUGCCGGAGCAGGCGAUGGCCUGGAGCUCCUCCCCCGGAGGCUGGGGAGCUGCCACCCCGGAGGGACCCCGGACUGGGCAGCGGGGACCGGGUCCCCAGGAGCCUGUGGACCAUUGAACCCCGUGCCAUGAUUACCUCUCUAAAGACCUGGAAUCCGGGCACCGCUCCCUCUACCAGGGCCCUGUGGAAAGGAAGCUGUGCCCAGGACAGUGGGGAUCCUGUGAUGGCCAGCCCCGCCUCUCCGUGCUCCCGCCCUUUCCCACACGCCAGCCAGGGGAGGUGGAGAACUGGGCUCCGUAAGGAUACCCUUGGUGGUGGUGAAGAAGAUUCAGGGCAGACCUCUACCCACCCGACCCCAGCUCAGCGCCGAGCCCUCAGUGUGGACUGGUCUGGUCCUGGGAGCCCUCGGGGAUUGUACCUGACUGUCCAGGCACUCCAGGACAAGGUGUAUGCAUGCAAGAGUCAGGUGAAGAAGGAGGAGAAGCAGCAGAAGAGGCCGACACCGGCCCCCAAACGGGCCCGAGACUUGGCCCAGGCAAAGGAAGCCCACAUCAUGAAUGUUGAGAAAACAGGUGGGAGGCUCUUCAGCAGCGGGAAGUGCUCAGGCCUGCCCGGGGCCCGCCAGUUACCCAUGAUCCAGAAGAUGGUGGAGUCCAUGUCCCAGCUCCAGGAAGAAAAGGGCCGACUGCAGGAGCAGUUAAUGGCGCUGCAGAACAAGCUGGCCCUUCGGGAGAGUGACCAGCAAGCUGUGUCCGGCCAGCUGCAAGCUCAGGUGGAAAAUCUGAAGGAGAAACUCAUUGGCCAGGCCCAGGAAGUGAAUAGACUCCGCUCAGAGCUGGGAGGCACAGACUUGGAGAAACACCGAGAUCUCCUGAUGGUGGAGAAUGAGCGCCUGCGGCAGGACAUGAAGCGAUGUGAGGCAGAGCUGCAGGAGCUGAGAGCGCGGCCUCCCCCGUGCCCAGAUUGCGAGCACAGCAAGGAAAGCGCGCAGCUGCGGGAGAAGCUGGCACAGCUGCAGGUGGAGGCAGAGGAGAACAAGGGCCGACUGGCCGAGCUGGACCUGGAGGUGCAGCAAAAGACCAACCGUCUGGCCGAGGUCGAGCUGCGCCUCAAGGACUCCCUGGCCGAGAAGGCGGAGGAGGAGGAGAGGCUGAGCAGGCGCCUGCGGGACAGCCAGGAGACCAUCGCCACCUUGAAGGCUCAGCCUCAGCCAGUUAAGUACAUCAUCAAGACAGUGGAAGUAGACUCGUCCAAGACCAAGCAGGCCCUGUGUGAAACCCAAGCCCGGAACCAGUAUUUACAGGAGCAGGUGGGGAUGCAGAGGCAGGUGCUGAAAGAGAUGGAGCAGCAGCUUCAGAAUUCUCAGCAGACAACGACCCAGCUCAAGGCUCAGAUCAUGAUGUAUGAGUCGGAGCUGGAGCGGGCACACGGGCAGAUGCUGGAGGAGAUGCAGACCAUGGAAGAGGAGAAGAACCGGGCCAUCGAGGAAGCUUUUGCCAGGGCCCAAGUGGAGAUGAAGGCUGUGCAUGAGAACCUGGCAGGCGUCAGGACCAACCUCCUGACCCUGCAGCCGGCCCUUCGGACCCUCACCAAUGACUACAAUGGCCUGAAGAGGCAGGUUCGGGAUUUCCCUCUCCUGCUGCAGGAAGCCCUGAGGAGUGCCAGAGCAGAGAUUGGCCAAGCCAUUGAAGAAGUAAACAGCACAAACCGCGAGCUGCUGAGGAAAUACCGCCGGGAACUACAACUCCGCAAAAAGUGCCACAAUGAGCUGGUGAGGCUGAAAGGAAACAUCCGCGUGAUUGGCAGAGUCCGGCCCAUCACCAAAGAGGAUGGGGACGGGCCCGAUGCCGCCAAUGCAGUGACCUUUGACUCUGACGAUGAUGCCGUCAUCCACCUGCUGCACAAGGGGAAGCCCGUGUCUUUUGAGUUGGAUAAGGUGUUCCCUCCCCACGCAACCCAACAAGAUGUGUUCCAAGAAGUUCAGGCUUUGAUCACUUCAUGCAUUGAUGGCUACAAUGUCUGCAUUUUUGCCUAUGGACAGACUGGUGCGGGCAAAACUUACACGAUGGAGGGGACGGUUGAAAACCCGGGGAUCAAUCAGCGGGCCCUUCAGCUGCUCUUCAAUGAGGUGCAGGAAAAGGCGGCAGACUGGGAAUACACCAUCACGGUCAGCGUGGCGGAGAUUUACAACGAAGCCCUCAGGGACUUGUUGGGGAAGGAGCCACAGGAGAAGCUGGAGAUUAAGCUGUGCCCAGAUGGCAGUGGCCAGUUGUAUGUUCCGGGGCUGACGGAGUUCAAAGUUCAGAGCGUGGAGGACAUUAACAGGGUAUUUGAAUUUGGCCACACCAAUAGGACCACUGAAUAUACCAACCUCAACGAGCAUAGCUCUCGGUCUCAUGCCCUUUUAAUCAUCACUGUGCGGGGCACUGACUAUAGCACGGGGCUCCGGACCACUGGGAAGCUAAACCUAGUGGACCUGGCCGGGUCCGAACGUGUGGGCAAGUCUGGGGCGGAGGGCAGUCGACUCCGCGAGGCCCAGUACAUCAACAAGUCUCUGUCAGCCCUGGGAGACGUGAUCUCCGCUCUUCGAUCCCGGCAGGGCCACGUGCCGUUCCGUAACUCCAAACUCACCUACCUACUCCAGGACUCCCUCAGUGGGGACAGCAAAACCCUCAUGCUGGUGCAGGUUUCCCCCGUGGAAAAGAACACCAGUGAGACGCUGUGCUCUCUGAAGUUUGCUGAGAGAGUGAGGUCUGUGGAGUUGGGCCCUGGGUCCCGGAGGACCGAGCUGAUGUCCUGGUCUAGUCAGGAGCAUUUGGAGUUUGAGGGAGGUCCAGUUCAGACUCCAUCUUCAGCCCGAUCCUUCUCCUCUUCUAGUUCUGGGCCCCCCAUGAGCAGGUCCAGCUCAAUCAGGAGAAAACUGCAGACCUCAGGAAAGACGAAGCCGGUGGCAGUGUGAUACACCAGGAGCCAACAUCUGGGUGUCUAGUGCCCAGGAAAUCAGAGGGUGCAAGGCUGGAGGAAGGACAGACACUACAUGCUGCUACCUCCUCCUUUCCACCUGGUUUCAAGGACCCUAAAUGUGCAAAGACUGUUCUUAGGCCCAGGAAGGAGAGGGCUUCUCCUUUCUGCCCUAGACACUCUGCUUCUCCCCAGUCCCAUCCCCGACAGAUGUGAAAUUAGUUUUGAAGGAAAUGGAUCUUUUUCCCAGCUCAGACUUCAGGGAGCAGAAAUUUGUGUGUGUUGGGGGCCAAUGGGCCUGGCUGGACCAUUGGCACAUCUCAGCCAGAAGGACUGGCCUCCUAGCCCUAACUGGGGGUUGCAAGCGUUUUAGGUUGCAAGGAGGCAACUUGGCCUUGGGGCUGAAAGUUGGCACAUCUGGACGGUUGGGUUAGUCCAGAUGAUGGGAGCUGGGCCUGGCUCAGGGAGCAGGUGCCUGUCUUUCUCAUGGCUGACGUACAGCACACUCAGCGCUCUGACCCAGACCUAACUGUGGGCAUUCCCGGGGGACCUCGGAGUGGUACCGCAGAAGAUCCUGGGCUUUGCCUACCUGUUCUCUCUCACCAUCCUGGGCCCUCUCAGGCCCCAUCUCUUAGCUUGAGUCCUGCUGACACAUCCCCUGCCUAUGGGCACUCCAUGGGUUGGAACUGAAUUUGUUUUGUGGGAUUGGCCUAGACUGUGCUCUUUGUGGGUUUUGGGUUCAAGUGCCCCCUUACCUUAAAGCCAAUGGGCAAAGAGUAAGCUUAGAUUUCUCCGUGAGGGAGAAAAGGAGCGGAGAGCAUGAUGACAUCAAGAAAUGAUCUUCCUUCAGGUGUGUGGGCAGCACCUGCAGGUUGAAGAGGAAGGACACUUGAGAAACAAGGGGACAGGAGGCAUGGGCUUUCUCCACCCCACCCCCUUUCCCCGGUGACUCUCCUUAUUCUUAGCCCACUGUCCUUCCUGUCUCCAUGGAACUGACCUCCCCUCUCUCCCCUCCAUUUCCAUCCAUCCACAUGACUUGGUUUUCUGGAAAACCAUUAGCCUGUAGGACCCAAGAAGCUGCUUUAACCUCCCAUCCUUCCCAUGCAGGGGAGGGAGGCUGGGAAUACCCAGGCCAAGGCCUCCAUAACCAAUUUAACAACUUUGUGGGGCUAGAGAAAGGUGCUUGGCUCCCUUCUCUCUCCUGGCAUGAUGUCCUUUCAACCCCUGUUCUGCUUCCCAAGGGAAUGAUGCACUUUAUGGAAAAAGUCAACGGUCGACCCCAUCCAAUCAUCUGGAAGGGAAGAGGUGACAGCCUACAGGGCAGGCUGGUUCAAAGCAACGUGGGAGAUGGGGAAAAACUGGCUUUCAAAAUGCAGAUGGCUGGUGGGCAGGCAGCCCAGGGCAGUGUGCCUACAGCUGCAGGGAGGUCUGAACCCUAAGCCCUCACCUGUGCAGAGAUCCCUGGGAGGGGAUCAUCUUACCCUGGGAGGGGGUUUCAAUCCUAAAACCCUAUGCUUCCCUCUCACUUCCUUCAACCCUUCUCUGUUCCCUUAGGUUCAUAUUUGCUGAACCCAAGGGAGGGGGAGAAGGCUGGAAACAUAAAACACAAGGGAAAAGGGGCAGCUAGCUAACCUUCCUCCAGGUGAAAAGCAAAAGCAUGAAAAGCAAAUUUGUACAUACCUGUGUAUAGGUGUGCAUACACACCGCUGGAGAGUUCAUUGAAUCAGCAGAGAUAUUUUAAGUUUUUCUUCUCUCAGUGGCCCCUCCCCAGGCCAUUGUUGGACACAUAUUUAUAUCACCCAGAGGCUUGGUGCCCUCUUGUUUUUUGUGAAGUUUGACUGUUGUUUGUGACAGGACCCUCUUGGAGCCAAGGAGGGCCUCGUGGGGAGUGGCUGGAGCUCAGCUGACACAAUGCCGCAUGGCCCUGGAUGCUUUCCAUCCAGUUGUCUCAGAUGCACUGAUUUCUCUUUUCCCACUUCAGCCCUUUUUAAUGUUUCUCUCAUGAUUCCUAACCAAGAUCUUUUGGAAUAGGAGCUGUUUUUACUGAUUUUAAUAAAGAGAGCUCUUUUGCACAAAUU